AUGUGGUGCACCUCCAAGAAUGUGGUGCACCUCCAAGAAUGUUUCGAGAGACUCAAUCUUCAUAACAUGAAGCUAAAUCCCGCAAAGUGUCGGUUCGCCGUCACGUCCGGAGAGUUUUUGGGGUAUCUCGGUACCUACCGAGGGAUUGAGGCCAACCCAAAACAAAUCACGGCGCUGAUAGAGAUGGUACCCCCUAGGACGAAACGCGAAUUACAAAUAUUGACCGGCAGGGUCGCGGCACUUAACUGUUUCAUCUCGCGAUCAACGGACAAAUGUCUUCCUUUCUACGAAACUUUGAAGGGAAACAAAAAGUUCGAAUGGUCCGAGGAAUGCGAGAAAGCUUUCCAACAUCUAAAGCAUUACCUAGCUACCCUGCCAGUACUCGCGAAACCUGUAGAAGGAGAACCAUUAUUCCUCUACAUCGCGGUAUCGACGACCGCUGUAAGUGGCGUCCUCAUCCGAGAAGAACGCGGCAAACAAAAGCCAAUAUUUUAUGUGAGUAAAACGCUACUGGACGCGGAAACACGAUAUCCAAUGAUGGAGAAAUUGGCGUUGGUGGUGGUCAUGUCGGCUAGAAAACUGAGACCAUAUUUUCAGUCUCACACUGUUGUCGUGCCCACUUCUUUCCCUAUCCGCACAAUUUUGCACAGUCCCAGCCAGUUGGGAAGAUUAGCAAAAUGGGCAAUCGAGCUGAGCGAGUACGACAUAGAAUAUCGUGCAACGACUUGCGCGAAAUCGCAAGUACUCGCAGAUUUCUUAGUGGAACUCCCGACAGAGGGUGCACCCGACCAAGAGCCGAACUCGACCUGGACCCUAUACGUUGACGGAUCCUUGUCCCAACAGGGCUCCGGGUUUGGCAUCCGACUCGCGUCCCCAACCGGAGAAGUGUUGGAACAAUCGUUUCGAUUAAUUUUCCACGCUUCGAAUAACGAAGCCGAAUACGAGGCCUUGAUAGCAGGAUUACGACUAGCUCGCGGUCUAAAGAUACGUAAUCUUCACGCUUACUGCGACUCCCAGCUAGUGGCUAGCCAGUUCAGCGGGGAAUAUGAAGCAAGGGACGAAAAAAUGGAGGCAUAUCCGACCUUGGUCAAGGAUGUAGCCCGAAAGUUCGAUCAAUUCGCCCUUACAAGAAUCCCUCGAGCUGAAAACACUCAAGCAGACGCUUUGGCCGCCUUGGCAUCCAGCUCGGAUCCUGGUUUGAGCAGGGUUAUUCCCGUGGAUUUCAUCGAACAUCCUAGUAUCGGACCGGCCGUAGCCAUAAACCUGAUCAACGAACCGGAGGACGACAUCGACGAAAACGAUAACCAUCCAGCCGCAAAUCAGUCCGAUUACGGAUUCAGCCGUCUAUGGAUGGAAACAAUCCUCGCGUACAUAACCAACGGAGAACUCCCAUCGGAAAAAUGGGCGGCCCGAAAAAUAAAAACUCAGGCCGCACGGUAG